AUGGCGCUCCCCGCCCUGGCCGGCGGGCAAGAUGGUGCUCUGCAUGGCGUCUCAGCAGCGGGCGGCGACGGCGACGGCGACGGGCAAGACAGCGCAAUCAAUCGCAGUCCGGCGGGCAGAGCAGACGGCAGCACGACGGCGAGCAGCGAGAACGGGUUUCUCUGUCUCUGUCUGUGUGCGUUGGCGUCGCCGGCGGAGGGCUGGUUUUGGCUGGCAGUUGUCGAUGUCGUCUUUGUCGUUGUCGUCGUUGUAUCGGACAAGGCGAAAGCAAAAAAAAAGAGCCGCCGAGGAAGCGAGACGACGGCCUCAACAGCACAACGACAGCGACAGCGACGGGUGACAGUGACAGGAUCUAGACAGGGCCUGAGGAAGAAGAAACGAGAGGAAGGGCUGGCUGGUCUGCUCACUAACUCACUAGCAGGAGGCGACUGUGGGCCGGCGUUGGAGCAGGAUAACUCUCGAGCAGAGCAGAGAGACAGAGCAGAGAAGCAGAGAGAGACAGCGAGGAAGAGAGAGAGAGAGGCAGAGAGACAGGAGAGAGGGCUAGAGAAAAAGAAAAGAAGCGCCGGCCAUCUGCGGGACGAAGGCUGGAGGGAGACAAGAGACGAGACAAGACGAGACAAGACGAGACGAGACGAGAUGCAGAACUCGAAUCCGACGCUGUUGAGCGCGGCUGACCUGCCCAGCCGGCAGAAGAAGGGCGCAGAGUCCCAGGCCAGGGUGGACAGCAUCUUCACGACCGAGUCUACCUUUGAUCCCUUUGCCAGAUACCAGGACGAGGAUGGCGAGAGCAGUCAGGACGGCAGCAGCCAGGACGAGCUCGAGGAGCCCAUCGACGAGCAGGAGAUAUUCGACCUGAUUGCAACGAUAUCAGACCCCGAGCACCCGAUCCCGCUGGCAGAGCUGGCCGUCGUCUCGCUGCAGGACAUCAGCAUCACGCCGGCACUGCCUCGCUCGCCGUCGUCUCCCCUCCGCAAGGUCACCGUCCUGCUCACCCCCACCAUCACCCACUGCAGCCUGGCCACCGUUAUCGGGCUUGGAGUGCGCGUCAGACUGGAGCAGGCCUUGCCCCCGCGGUUCAGAGUCGACGUCCGGCUCAAGGAGGGCUCGCAUAGCACGGCAGACGAGGUCAACAAGCAGCUCGCAGACAAGGAGCGGGUGGCGGCUGCACUGGAGAACCAGACGCUCAUGGGCGUCGUGGGGAAGAUGCUGGAGACCUGCCGAUGA